AUGAUGUUAAUCUUUUCAAGAGUACUACCUCACCCAACUAUAAAAUUUAAUAUCCUUCGAAAUUUAAUUAGAUACAAUAGUACAAAAAUCAAUAAUGUGGUCCCAGCCAAUAUCACACGAAAAUUGCAAGAACGUAUUGAACAGAUUCCCAUUGAGAAUUAUAGAAAUUUUUCAAUUGUGGCACAUGUCGAUCAUGGUAAAUCUACAUUGAGUGAUCGAUUAUUAGAAAUUACAGGUGUCAUUGACUCGUCGCAAUCGAAUAAACAAGUUUUAGAUAAAUUAGAAGUAGAAAGAGAACGAGGAAUCACAAUUAAGGCACAAACAUGCUCGAUGUUUUACUAUGACAAGAGAACAAAACAAGACUAUUUGUUACAUUUAGUCGAUACACCUGGUCAUGUCGAUUUUAGAGGUGAAGUUACUCGUUCAUAUGCAUCAUGUGGUGGUGCUUUGCUAUUGGUGGACGCAACUCAGGGUAUUCAAGCACAAACUAUGGCAAACUUUUAUUUGGCAUUUUCUAUGGAUUUAAAGAUGAUCCCGGUUAUUAACAAAGUUGAUCUUGAAACAUCAGAUAUAGAAAGGACCAACGAACAAUUAGAGCAAGUUUUUGAAAUGGAUCGAAAGGAUGCAAUUCCUGUAAGCGCUAAGACUGGUUUAAAUGUUUCUGAACUAUUGCUGCCUGCUAUUAUUGAUCGUAUCCCACCUCCAACAGGUAAGUUAAAUAAACCAUUUAGAUGUUUACUGGUAGAUUCUUGGUAUGAUUCCUAUAAUGGUGUAGUGCUUCUUGUUUAUGUUGUAGAUGGCAAAAUUAAAAAAGGUGAUAAAAUAACUACAGCACAAACUAGGAAAAGAUAUGAUGUAAAAGAAGCUGGAAUAAUGUAUCCAGACCGUAUACCAACUGGGACUCUGUCAGCUGGCCAAGUGGGAUACAUCUUAUGUGGGAUGAAAAAUUCUAGAGAAGCUAAGAAUGGUGAUACAAUAAUGAAAAUUGGGGAAGAAAGUCUUGUAGAAAUUUUACCAGGUUUUGAAGAGCCAAAAGCAAUGGUUUUUGUAGGAGCUUUCCCAUCUGAAGGUACUAAUUUUAAACAAUUAGAAGAUGAUAUAGAACGUUUGGUUUUAAAUGAUAGAUCAGUGUCUAUUCAGAGAGAAACUUCUUCUGCACUUGGUCAGGGUUGGAGAUUAGGAUUCUUAGGAACAUUACAUGCCUCCGUAUUCUGUGAUCGUUUAGAAAAAGAGUAUGGUACUCAAAUCUUAUUAACACCUGCUACCGUUCCCUAUACAAUCGUCUAUAAAGAUGGAACAAUAAGAAGAAUUACGAAAGCUGAUGAAUUUCCAACUUUAUUAGAAAAAAAGACUAAAGUAUCAGAAAUUCGUGAGCCCUAUACCAGUGCAACCAUUACCGUCCCGGAAGAGUAUCUAGGAGAUGUAAUUAAAUUAUGUGAAGAAGAUCUUGGCAAGAGUAGAGGUAUUUUUAGAAAAGAUUUACGCUACAUGAACCUCAGUUCAGAUUCAAAGAAAGUUAAUGUUAAUAAAUUAAAUUCACAGAUUAUCCUUCAGUAUGAUAUUCCAUUACAGGUUUUAGUUGAUAAUUUUUUUGAAAAAUUAAAAUCAGCCUCUAGAGGGUUUGCUAAUCUAGAUUACGAUAAUAUAGAGCCUGCGGCUGGCGAUGUGGUAAAGUUAGAAUUACUAGUGAAUGGUGAAAGUAUCGAUGCUCUAUCUCAAGUCAUUCAUCGUAACGAUGCUAUUCGUGUCGGAAGUGAGUGGGUCAAAAGAUUCAAGAAGCAUGUCAAAUCACAAUUAUAUGAAGUUAUUAUUCAAGCAAGAAUUGAGGAAAAAAAUAUUGUUGCAAGAGAAACUAUAAAAGCUAGAAAGAAAGAUGUCUUGGCUAAAUUGCAUGCCUCUGAUAUUUCAAGAAGAAAAAAACUUCUUGUAAAUCAAAAAAAGGGUAAACAGACUCUAAAAAGAAUAGGGAAAGUUAACAUAGGCAAAGACGUAUAUGGAGCAUUCUUAAGAAAAGUGAAUGAUUAG